AUUGCAUCAACCAAUAAGAGAGAGCCAAAUACUGUCAGUCAAUUUUAUGUUGUUAAAUAAAUAUAGAAAUUACUAUCCAAAUAGCUGAUGAAAUAUUAGUAAUUAAUACAUUAAAGUCGCGUACUUUGUGCUUGUACAGUCCUAGAAUCAAUAAUCAAAGUGGAGUCAGAACGAGAAAAUAACAUGGAAGCAUUGCCAGUGACGUUAAUAGUUAAAGCUCCUAAUCAACAAAUAGAGGAUCAAACUAUCAAGUGCGAACUGUCAUGGACUAUUAACAAAUUAAAACAACACCUCUCCGAGGUUUACCCUAGUAAACCACCGAAACACGAACAGAAGCUAAUAUAUUCCGGUCAAUUGCUGCCCGAUGCGGUCGUCCUCGGUGAUGUUUUAAGACAAUACGAGGGACAAGAAACACACACUGUCCACUUGGUCUGUACGACACGACAAAAUUCUCCCCUACACAACAAACCUUCCACGUCACAAAGUAUGCCUGAUGCUUCGACUAGUGCCGAGAUACCUCCAACAAAUAACGAAAACCAGCAACAACAUGUUCCUAAUUUUCAAUGGAAUACCACGCCUAUCGAUGUUAACCAAUACGCAAUGCAAAUGGCCUGGAUGCAACACGCAUAUAUGCAAUAUAUGACUCAGUAUAUGAACUCAUCACCAAGUGUUCAAUUAAACAGAAACACAGAUGCACAGGAGGCAGUAAGAGGAGAUGCCCCCGAAGCACAAGACCCACAACAGGCACCUGCACAACCUCCACGAGAUCAAGAGAACGGCGACAGAGACUGGUUGGACCUCUUCUACGUAUUAACUAGAGCCAUUAUUUUAAUAAGUAUAGUCUACUACUAUUCCACCUUGUUACGAUUUGUUUUUGUCUUAUCUCUUGGUGUCGGAAUAUAUCUGUACCAAAUCGGCUUCUUUAGAAAUCUAAACAAUAACAACAACAAUCAUAAUAACAACAACAACGUGAACGCGGGCGAAGAAAUUGAAGAUGUUCCACAGUUCUCAGUUUUAACAACAGUUUGGACAUUUUUUACUGCAUUCUUCACGUCACUAAUUCCAGAAGUUCCUCAGGCUGUGUAGCAGCCUCGUUAAACGUUAUUUUUAAAUUUAGAAAAUGGAUUAUUAAUAUCAUCUUUCAUAAUAAAAACGUGGUAAAUUCAAGGUAUAGCUCGAACUUGCGUAAGGUAGUGUUUUUUAAAAGAAUGAGUACACCAAAUAUUAAAUGUUCCCAGUGUAACAUAUGAUAUUAAGUACUGGUUAUGAAUUAAUGUGUAACACAUUUGAUAAAUUACUAUUGUACAUAUUUUAUAUUAGAAAAUUGUGAUUAAUAAUUGUAAGUAUUAUAAAUAAAAAUAUAUUUGCUUUA